AUGGUACGAGGCAAUAAUACCUCAAUUUCAGAAUUUCUUCUCCUGGGACUGUCAGAAGAACCAGAACUACAGCCCAUCCUAUUUGGACUGUUCCUCUCCAUGUACCUAAUCACUGUAUUGGGAAACGUGCUCAUCAUCCUGGCCAUCAGCUCAGACUCCCACCUCCACACGCCCAUGUACUUCUUCCUCUCCAACCUGUCCUUGGUAGAUAUUGGUUUCACCUCCACCACCAUCCCAAAGAUGCUGGUGAACAUCCAGACACAGAGUAAAGCCAUCACUUAUGCAGGAUGCCUCACCCAGAUAUAUUUUUCCCUACUCUUUGCAUUGUUGGACAACUUCCUCCUGACUGUGAUGGCCUAUGAUCGGUUUGUGGCUAUCUGUCACCCCCUGCACUACAUGGUCAUCAUGAACCCACAGCUCUGUGGACUGCUGGUUCUGGUGUCCUGGAUCUUCAGUGUUCUGGAAUCCUUGCUACAGUGCUUGAUGGUGUUGCAAUUGUCCUUCUGCCCAGACUUAGAAAUCCCCCAUUUUUUCUGUGACCUCAAUCAGAUGACCCAACUUGCGAGUUCUGACAAUUUUUUAAACAACAUUGUGAUGUAUUUUGCAACUGUGUUACUAGGUGGUGGUCCCCUGGCUGGGAUCCUUUACUCUUACUCUAAGAUAGUGUGCUCCAUACGAGCAAUCCCAUCAGCUCGGGGGAAGUAUAAAGCAUUUUCCACUUGUGCAUCUCACCUCUCAGUUGUCUCCUUAUUUUAUGGUACCAGCCUAGGAAUAUAUCUCAGCUCUGCCAGCACCCACAGCUCACAGUCAAAUGCAGUCAUCUCAGUGAUGUACACUGUGGUCACACCCAUGCUGAACCCCUUCAUCUACAGUCUCAGGAACAAAGACAUAAAGGGGGCUCUGAAAAGAUUCCUUGUCAUGGUAGUUACAAAGGGACAAUCAUUCUGA